GGUCCUCGGAUUGUCAUGGAUACAGGGGCGGGCACUUCUUGGUUACAGCAGACAUGUAAUCAGUACGUGUGUGCACACAUCCGUAAACAAAAGUUUCUGCAGCUCGUGUCACGUGGUUUCGUUCGUCUCAAAAGGGCCAGCAUGGCGAGGCUCAAGAUGGCUCCAAACGCAUACCCCGAGGGGUUAGUUGAAUCAAGGCUUCCUACACUGCAAGCCCCUAAAAUGCCGUCCCGACUAGAGUUGUUAAAGAACGACUACCAAGAGCGAAACCUCCGAGUCAAAGAGGAGAAGAUGAUGACUCUGCUAAAACAGCAACAAGAGCGCAUCUCACACAGGGCCACCAACUCUUCCCUGUACACUGCAUAUCCUUCUCAACACAAGUCAUUUCAUGAAGUCCACCAGAACCCAUAUUCAAGUCCCUGGGCCCCAGAGGAAAGCGCAUGGGCCUCUAACUGGACAGUAAGCAAGAGGACUGCUGGCAUAGACCGCGCACAUCCUCUCAAACCAGUCUAUCACAGGAAGGCCACCACACACGUGCCCGGCAGCCAUCACCCUCCGUCAGCUAACAGGUACAAACCUCCUCCAGUACAAGAGCAGGUAAGGUCCAAAUCUGGCCCAGCCCGGACAAACCCUUGGCAACAGCUUGAGAAAAAGGAGUCCAACCUGGAAGCUGAAAUUCGCAGGAAAGAAGCGCUGCUAAGAGAAAAGCUGCGGAAAACAGAGGAAGAACUGCGCCGCAUGCAGAGAGAGAGAGAAGAGGCGGAAAUGGAAGACGGGAGAGUCCAAGAGAUUCAGGACCCCAGGAGAGUCCAAGAGAUUCAGGACCCCAGGAGAGUCCAAGAGAUUCGGGACCCCAGGAGAGUCCAAGAGAUUCAGGACCCCAGGAGAGUCCAAGAGAUUCAGGACACCAGAAGAGUCCAAGAGAUUCAGGACACCAGGAGAGUGAGGGCAGCCACAACCCAGCACCGGGCAACAAAGACCUACCAUUAUUCAGGCUACAGCGAACAGAAACACGGGGAGGACAGACCUCAUCAUGUGGAGGACAGAUCCUAUCAUGUGGAGGACAGAUCCUAUCAGGACAUAGAAGCUAAAAGCCAGGUCCAGGAGCCGACCUUAGAUAGGAGCACAAAACAUAUCGGACAAACCAAGAAUGUUACUCCACCGCUGACAAAUGGCUCGUCCCAUAUCACAAUGGCACCCCAAGGUGCUCAAACCAACAGAUCCGCCAUAGGCGAUGACGUAGAGGUCAAUGAAGAGGACUUGGUUCCAUGUGACCUGUGCGGGCGACGUUUUAUGGUGCAUCGUCUAGAGAAACAUAUGCAGGUCUGCCAGAAGAUGCUGAACUCCAAAAGGAAGGUGUUUGAUUCUUCCAAAGCAAGGGCCAAAGGGACCGACCUCGAGCAAUAUCUACACACCAAAGGAAGAACGAAAGACCCACCACCACAGGUCAAAGGCAGCUCAUGGCGUCAGAAGCACGAGUCUUUCAUCCGAAACAUUCGCCAGGCUCGCGUGGUGCAGGACGUUGUGAGCAAAGGAGGGAAACCAUCUGACGUGCCUCCACCUCCACCAGAUGAAAAUCCAGAUUAUGUGACCUGUCCUCACUGCAGUCGCCGCUUUGCUCCACGACCUGCCGAACGCCAUAUACCCAUGUGUGCAACGAUUAAGAACAGGCCCUGUCCUCCUCCAGGCCGGCGACGCUGACACCCGUACACUAUGGGAUUAAUGUGUGAAAUAUCCUUGCAGAGAUGGGUAAGAGAUGCAGGCUAGGCACCCACUAUAUAAAGCAGUGUCCCCAAACUGCGACGGGAGGGUCAGAUGCAGCCCUUUGGGCACUGAUGCCCAUGAUGGCGAGCUGUUCCUCCAAUUGAUACCAACAAUGCAGCACUAUUCCUCCAACUGACAACAAUGAUGGGGCACUAUUUCUCCCAUUAAAACCAACAAUGGGGUAUUGCAAUUGACAGCAUUUCUACUCCCACCAGCCACAGUCCGUUGGAGGGUAAACUGGCCCUUUGUUUAGAAAGUUUGGAGACCCCUGAUAGAGAACUACAAGGUAAGGGGGGGGGGGGAUUAUCUAGGAAGACAUGUUCAAGGUUAGGCUUGUUGUCCAACAGGGUCUGGGUAUAUGGGUAGAUUCAGGUACGGGCGCGCUCUUUUGCGGCGGCGUAGCCUAGCG